GUAAAGUAAGUUUGUGUUAUGUUAGAGUUGGAAGGGCAUGAGAAACCUUUAACUUCAACAUUGGUUAAUCGUAACCACUCAUUCAUUGACUUGCUGACUUUGCAAUUCGUGUGUUAUACACCUGUUAUUUUUAUCAUUAAAUAUAACAUUAACAUUGUUCAAAAAAAAUAUAAAUAAAGUUAUUUAAUCAAUUAAAAAACUAUAAGAAAAAUAAAUUAAUUAACAGGUUAAUUUAAUAUUUAAUGAACAAAAAAAAAAUGUUAUAAUUUUUAAUUAAGUUUUAAAAAGUUAUUAAUAAUUAUUAAUAUUAUAUAUAAUUUUAUGAAUUUUAAUUUGUUUAUUUUUUUAAAAAAUGAGGAUGGUUGAAAUUUUUAUUGUCGUUAUUGUACUAUUAGUACAGGUGCUUGGUCGACCACAACAAAUUAAAUCAGGAUGUUGGUAUGAAGGCAAACGUUUUGAAGAGUCAUCCAUGGUUAAUACAACUGAGCCAUGUUUAAGAUGUCGUUGUCUCGAGGGUUCUCUCAGAUGUCGUCUUCGUGUCUGUCCUCGUAUUCCUAAUCCACCUCCAGUUGGUUGUGUCACAAGGAUUCCCCAUGAGAAUGCAUGUUGUGCUGAACUUGUUUGUCGAGAUUAUCACGUUAAAGAAAAAGCACGUGAAUCAAAUGUUGCUGUUAAAUUAUCAAAAAAUGAUGGAUGUAUUUGGGAGGGUGUACAUUAUGCACCAGGUUCAGCAAUGAUGGGUUCACGAAGAUGUGAAUAUUGCUAUUGCAUAUCAAAUGAACGUAGAUGUGUUAGACCAAGAUGUUUACUUCCAUUGCCAGGGUGUACGCCAAUUUAUGCACCAUACUCUUGUUGUCCAAUUGCUUACAAUUGUUCUCAUGCAACAUCAGAAAUUUCAACACCAAUGUCUGCAAAUGGUUGUCAUGAUGGUGAACAUUUUUAUGAAGAAGGUAAAAUGGUACGAGAUAGACGAUGGAAGUCAAUGUGUGACAAUUGCUUUUGUGCAAUGGGUAGUAUUCGUUGUGUUCCACUUGCAUGCGCACCACCACUUCGGGGCUGUAAACCUAUUGUACUUGAAGGACAAUGCUGUCCAUCAACUUAUAAUUGUAGUGGAAGUAUUGCAGUCAAAGCAACUCAAAAUUAUGGAUCAUAUGCAUUUGUAAGCAAAGAUUAUGCAAAAUUUCGUAAAGAAACAAAUUUUUUAUCAUUAAAAAAUAAUAAUCAAACAAAUAAUUGUUGUUCAACAUUUGAGGGUCGUUCACAUCGUGAUGAUGUACCAAAUGAAUUACCAGAAACAACAGUUACAACAAUAAUAAUACCUGAAUCAUCAUUACCAAUAACAGAAACAAUAUUUUCAACAUUUGAAACAGAAACAAUGAAUAAUGAAAUACCAACAGAAAAUAUUGAUUAUUCAAAAUCAACAAUGUUACCAAAUGGAUCAAUCGAUGAUACAACAAUGUCAACAAUAAAUGAUGAUUCAAGUGGAAUAGUUAGUAAUGUUGAAUCAUCAACAAUUGAAAUGAUUUCAUCUGGUGAAUCAACAGUCAAAGAUGAUACAGACACUACAAUUCAUUUUGCUGAUAUUUCAACAACUAAAAUGGAUAAGCUUGUUUCAAUGAAUCCAAAAUCAUCAACAAUAUCCCAAACAUCAACGACAUCUUCAACACCAGCAACAUUAAAAAUAUCUUCGACGUCAACAACACCGUCUUCAACAUCAACAACUAAUUCUCCAUCAUCAACAGCUUCACAAAACUCGACAAUAGUAGAAUCAACAACAACAACAACUUUAAAAACAUCAAAGACAUCAGAAUCACCAUCCACAACUGAAAAGUCAAUAACUCCUGAAACAACAACAUCAUUAACAACAGUAAAUACAUCAUCAAUAACAACUCAAAAAUCACAAACAACACCGGAUAUUAUUUUUGAAACAAGUAUACCAACAAGUGAUCAUAAUAAAAAUUCAGUAUCAAUUAAAGUACCAGUAACUGGUUUACCAACAACAAUAAUAAUGCCCGAUGAUAUAUUCAUAAUGAAUGUAACACUUAAAACAAACGUAUCGAUUGGUGUACAAAAUAAAAUACAAGGUGUUACUGUUAAUCCAAUUAGGCCUGAUGUUGAUACUAUUGAAAAAAUUGUAAAUAUUACAAAUAGAAAAAAAGGACAAGAAUUUGGUGAAUAUGAUUACAGUGAACCUACGCUUCCUCCAUCACUUCCAAAUGUCAGAAUCAUACCAUUUGUUGCGGCUGAUGCACUUGUCAAAAAUGAGGAAGCAUCAUCACCGGUGACAGCAUAUCCCUUGGGCUCAGUUGGUCUUUCACCAGAGUUAAGAACAACUGACAUACCGUCUCGAGGUAAUACUGGAAAUUUCUAUGACAUUGUCACUCAGGAGAAUCGAUUUAGUCCACCUUUUGAAACACAAGGAGGAUUUGUUCCAAGACAACCUUCGUAUUUUGAAUCAUCAUAUCAUUCAACAGAUUUAAAUCUUGAAAUUGGUACUGGUGUUACAGUUGUUCCAGGAACAAUAAAAAAUCCACACAGAAAAAAUGAUGAUAUUACAAGCCUGUGCCAUUUUGAAGGAAGAGAAUAUCAACAUGGUGAAAUGUUACCAAGCAGUGGUCAUUGUAUAAUUUGCAUCUGUUACUAUGGACAAGUUGCUUGUUCAGAUGAAAAAUGUACACCAGUUAAAUUUGGAUGCAGAAGAAUUCAAGAUUCAAAAAUAUGCUGUGGUCAAAUUAUUUGUGAUUCAAACGAAUCACCAACAGUGGUACUUGAUCGUGCUGAUGCAGCAUCAUCAGACAAAGAAUCAUCAAUUGUUGAACAUCUUGAACUACCAGAUCCAUUUCGUGAUGUUAUUAAAACUGAACCAGCACCAGAUUUACCAUCUCUCAUUGAAGAUAUGAUACCAUUUUUUUCCGAACAUGGUACAUCAAUAACAACAACAACAUCAUCAUCAUCACCACCAUUAACAACUAUAACAACACCAUCAUCAUUAGAAAAUUCAAACAUAAUUAACAUAAAUAAUUACGACAGUUCACCUGAUCAAAUAUCAAUUACAAAUCCACCAAACACUGACAUUGUUUAUGGUGAUGAUGUUCUUUUUUCAAAUAAAUUUGACAUUAAUAAUUUAGACAAUAACGAUGUAACAAUAAUAUUUAAAAAUAAAUUCUGA